GUGAUAUAUGGGAUACUGUUCAUGGUUAUCCUUUAAAAGAAGAAUUAGAUAUAGUAGCUUUGAUUCGUUUUACAAAAGAGCAAUUUAAUAUUAAUAUUAUUCCAGGAUUAAUUAUUCAAUUAUUUAUUGAUGAGUUAGGUAAU